AUGAAGAAUUCGGUGUUUUUGGUGAUUGAAGAAUUAAUGAUGAAGCUUAGAAAGGUGGCUAAGGUUGGUGAGAUGGUGAGCAUCGAGGUUUGUUGCGAUGUCAUAGAUUUGAUGUAUGAGAACGAUGAGAUUUCGCGGAUGUUCGUGGAAUCGCCGGUGUACCUUAUGGCGACAGUGUAUGCGAUGAAGGUGCCAAAGCACCGGUGCGAGUUUCCGGUGGUUGGUUGGGUGAAUUUUGAGAGUGGUUGUAGAGAAGAGGAUGUAAUGUGGGAUGUUAAACUCAUUCUUCAACAUGUUAACGACGAACAAAGAAGACUUAAUGACAACCCAUUCUACAAAAGUCAAGAAGCAAUAGGAAUCUGCAAGAAUAGCAAACCAUUGAAGGCUUCAAAGUUUAUACUUGAAGUGCAUUGUGUUUCUCUAUAUUGCUUUAUAGAUUUAACAGGAUCUGAUUGUAGAUGA